AUGCAGAUUAAGAAGGAUGUGUUCGGUGGGAACGUUUCAGCAGCAGGCGGCCCUAGCACUCGGCUCAAGCUAGGCUCGGGCGGGGGAGGCGGCGAUGCUCCCGCGGCGGCGGCUGUGCCGAAACCCAAGCUGGAGCGUGCGCUGCAGGAGGCGCGAGCGGAGAUCGAGAACCUCAAGCGGCAGCAGAAGCAGCAGUCGGCGACGACGGGCGGCAACUCUACUGCCGACAUGCAGGUCGAUGGGGCCCCUCCUGAAGGCGCCCCGCCCGAGGAGGAGCAGCUGGCCGAGAAGGUCAAAUUGCUGGAGCAGAACCUCGCCAUCGCGAAGACGGGGGUCGGCUCGUGGGCGGAGGAGCAACAGCGCUUGUUGGGUCAGCACCUCGCGGAGGCGCGGCAAAAGCUGCUCAACUCGAAGCCGCUCCACACGCAGGUGCACGCGCUGGCCAAUCGUGUUAAGACUGGUGCGGCUAAGAUCGAGUCUGCCGAGGCGGCGGAAGGCUACGAGGUCACGCUGCCGUCUCUUGGCAUCUCGACGUCCGAGCUGGAAUCCAUCGUCUCGAAGCUCAUCGAGGGCGGCGGGCUCAACUCCGAGGCUCAGAAGCGGCUCGCGGAAGGGCUCGAUGGCCAGAUCAACGAGCUCAUCGCCGCGAAGAAACCGAAGGUUGCUGCUGCUGGUGGUGGCGGCCUUGGUGCUGGCGGUCAGGCAGGUGGCGAGCUUCCUGGCGCGGGUCGCGCGUCUGAUUCCAAACCGGAGUGGAAGCCCGACGACGUGGGCACGGAGGAGUUGCAGAAGCUCAUGCAGCAUGUCGGCACGUGGGCAACUGAGUCGGAACUGCGGGAGCGGGCUCGGCGUUUGGCGCAGGGUGGCUUCAUGGUCAUCACGCUGCAGGAACAUCAUAUCUUGGAUAACGAUCGCCUCGCCAGCUUUCAGCGCGAGGUUGCGGACUUCGGCUUCGUGGGCAUCUGGGCUCCUGCCCUGGCUUCAUCAACGUGGGAGGCAGGCGCGUUUGGCGAUGACAGUUACAGCGCCGCCGUUUACCACGAGUGCAUCAUUCCUGGACGUCCUGUUGGCGCUCGCAUCCAUUGGGGCGUCAAGGGCGGGCUGGUUGCGCUUUUAAUCUAUUUGGUCGACUCAGACUUGGGCAUGAGGGUGCGGCUGCCCGUCGUGCCGAGGGGUAUCGCUGCGUCGACGCCGAUUGGCUGCUCCAGAAGUGUGGGGGACUGGGCACCGGCGCUUGCGGCUAUCAGAAGUGUCUCGGGCGCGCAGGACUUGCCUCCAGCCUGGGAUAAGGUGCUCGCCACAGUGGAGGACGAGCUGCUGGAUCGGCGCGACGUUGUCGGUCCAGGGCGCAAGCAGUAUCAAGGUCGUGCUGGUGAGGUCGUGACGGAGCUGAAGACGGUGAAGUGGGUGCCCCUGGGUCGCUGCGCUCGGCUUGGUCCUCAGGCGCUGGCGAUGCAAGUUGCUGCUCGGUGGGCCAAUCGCCCCGUGGGCGUCAGGGCUUGCAUCCAGAGGUCUCUCAACGAGCUGCACUUGUCGGAGUUGCCCUGCCCGCGUUCGCCCACCACUUUCAG